AUGCAUCAAUUCUGGCGACCGUUGCGAAUUCCUGCGCGAGUCAUCAUCCAGCAUGUCCGUAUCACUUUUUCGUCUCGAAGAGGGCUGUCCAAUAUGGGCAGCAAGAUGUCGCGGCAUCACUUGCCUGACAGCUUUCACCAAGGCAUAGAGCUCGAUCCUUACAACUACACCAGUGGAAGAUGGCUCAAUCAGGACGAGCUUCAACGAGCCUCUCGCUCUAUUUCCUUUAACUUUUCAGAACUUGGUAAAAAGGUCAUUAGUCUAUGCCCCGGGGCAACCAAGAUAAUCAAAUGUGAAAAGCGAGAAGGCGGGUUUAACAGAGUCUUUCUCUUCACCAUGGACACGGGCUCUUGUGUCGCGGCGAGAUUGCCUACUAAUAUUGCUGGGCCGCCAAGGUUGACAACUAACUCUGAGUACAAUCCAAAAAUCUCACUUCCAAUACCCAAAAUCCUAGACUGGAACGAUAACCCAUCAAACCCCACCGGCACAGAAUACAUCAUCCAGGAACAUGUUCCCGGUGUUCAGCUACACCAAAUAUGGCCCAAAAUGAAUUCAGAACAGCAUAUGCUGUGCACCAAGGCGCUUUCCUUGGCGAUGAGAGAUAUGGCAUCCCUCAAAUUUCCAGCCUAUGGCAGUUUAUACUUUUCAGACGGACCGCUAGAGUCGCAUUUGAAGAUCCCCUUUGAGGCGGGGUUUUGCGUUGGGCCACAUUGUGGUCCGGUGUAUUGGAACAGGGGACCAGGGGAGCUUGACAUGUAUGGCGGUCCGAGUUCUAAUUGCGGUCCUUGGAAAGACCUUGCAAGCUAUUGUCUAGGCUUGAUAGAGACUGGUUUCUCUCGUCUACCUCGAACCGAUUCUGGCUUCCUCCCUCAUCAGGGAUCUCUUCAUGACCAUGCUAGUCUUUUGGAAACAAGCCAACAGGUAAUGCAAAAGUUGAUCGUGAAUAAAAGCAUACAAAACGCUGCGACCCCAGCUCUGCUCCAUCCCGACUUUCACAAGCGGAACAUCUAUGUCUCGGCCGAGGAUCCCACUGUGAUUACAGGUGUUAUUGACUGGCAAUCAGCAAGCAUCGAACCUGCGUUUAUAUAUGCCAAUGAAACGCCCGAUUUUGCUGCAGUCCGGAAAUACCCAGAGGGAAACACAUUUGAGAAUGAGCAAGACGAACACCAUCAAAAACGACAAUUCAAAGAUGCCUCAAUCUGCUACCAGACAUACGACCUGUCCGCUCGCUGGACCGAGCUUGGAUUAUCAGGGACAUGUCCGUUUUCUCUGACAGCGGAAGAAUUGGCAAAACACGCGACAGAGUAUGAGGAUUUUGAGACUGUUCAGACACUAAAAGUAUGGCUACAAAAUUCCCUCGAUACGAACUCGGAUGGCUGGGUUCCGAAUGAUGAGUGGGAUACUACGAAAGAAGCGAAUCGCGCGGCGUACGAUGAAUGGAUACAGACUACUAAAGAAGUUGGAGAAAUAACAGUGGAAAAAGCGGACGAGAUGUGGCCGUUUGAUGCUAGAUAA